ACGCUCGCGGCGCCAUAUUUUGUUUAGACUUUUGAGGUUAAGCCGUACCGACGCCGUUAUUGUUUUCACGAUAAAUUAGUUAAUAAAUCAAGCAGAAUGAAACUCGUCAGGUUUUUAAUGAAACUAAGCCACGAGACGGUCACUAUAGAGUUGAAAAACGGCAGUGUCGUUCAUGGAACAAUUACCGGGGUGGAUGUCGCUAUGAACACACAUUUAAAAGCCGUAAAAGUUACGUUAAAAAAUCGUGAAGAACUACAAUUGGAGACCUUGAGUAUACGCGGGAACAAUAUCCGAUAUUAUCUACUUCCAGACAGUCUGCCUUUAGAGACUUUGUUGAUCGACGACACUCCUAAAGGCAAGGGCAAAAGGGAAGGAUUUGCGCGCGGCGGCGGCGCCAGAGGUGGUCGUGGCAGAGGCCGAGGUGGCCGCGGAGGCCCCAGAGGCGGUCGUGGAGGCCGAGGUCGCGGACGCCGGUAGAUAAAAACCUAAUUUUAAGCCAAACUUGAUCACAGUAAGUGAGGUCUGAUAUUUGUGAUUGAAUUAAAUUUUCAUGGUGUUUUUUAUUCUACUAAGUAACAGUGUUCAUGCUUAACACAAUAAUAAAACUACAAUAAUUACUUGCAAACUGUUAUUAAAAAGUAUUGUGGUCCUUUAGCCUAAACAAAAUGUUUUCCUGGACGACUUUUUUACACAGCGAUGCAAGGUUCCUUGGGUCUUGUAAUUUAAAACAUAAACUAGAGAAUACAUUAAAUUGUAAUUUAGUAAACAUAUUCCGUAAAGAUAAGUCAAUAAAUUGUAUUGUGUAA